UCGAAUCGUUUGUUCGAUUGAAAAAAUCUAUCGUUCUCGAUUAUCCUUAAUUAAACUUUGAGCGCGCUGUACGAAUAAUCAAAGUGCUCGUCUUGAUCUAACGGCGAAUAAUUCUUCUAUUAUUCAUUAAUUUUAUGCGUCUCUAUCGAAAACGACAUAUGUCGUAUUAUGGAAUAUGUUAGUCGGUAAUAUUAUAUUGUGUCAUGUAUAUGCAUAAAUGUAUAUAUAUAUUUAUGGCUUAUCGCGCGCACACGCAUGUGCUGUAUGUAAAUCCAUUCAUAUAAAUGUAUAUUUACAGUGUGCAGUAACCUAUACAAAUACGUGCAUUUACUCAUUUAUUUUAUCAAGUUCGAUGUUUUAUAGAAUUAUGCGUGGUUAAUUAUAUGUUAUACUAAGAAUAAUAUUUUGUCAAAAAUUUAUAUAUCUAUUAGUAAAUGAUUUAUUAACGAUGACAUCCGAGAAAAGAUAUGUCAAAUGAAAUAGAUCAACGAAAAUGACUGACAUAAUUUUGGAAACAAAAAAUUUUAUUUCUGAGUGUUGGGCAAAUAUUUUUGCGCAAGUAUACGAUACAGUAGUUUAUAUAGAUCAUGCAGCAAUCGAAUGCUUACAUUGGUACACAUCUGGUAAAGGAUAUUUAGCGCUAAAAGAUGCAGGAGCCGUUGCUGUUUAUGAAUUUGGCAUGUAUCAAUUUCAAUACGUUAAAGUGAAUAAUACUAAGAAAGCUGUUAUCGUCUCGACAUCUGGUGAUCCAGCAUUUUAUCAGCGAACCAUUAGACUGAUUUUGGCAAAAAAUGCAUUCGAAAGCUGCAUCGUGUAUUGCGGAGCUCCUUGUUGCACCUCUGAUCAUCCAGAUGCGUUGGUUGAUGGCAAACUGGACUAUACUAAAUUAAAAAGGGACAUUAAAACUUGGAUGAUUUCAGAAAAUAUUUCACAAGAACCUGUUGUCGAUAUUAUCUAUAUGCCACUCUUUGUUGCCUUUUUAAACAAAAAUCUAUUCGUGACACCUCCCUUUGGAGAUCUAAUGCCACCUUUAGACGCGAAUCUAUCGGAAGAUACAGUUUCUCGAUUAAAUCUUUUAGCCAAGUCAUUUUACAAACUGUUUGAUACCAUAGGUGCUAAAUUAGACAUCUAUUCGGUUGGAAAAUUAAGUAAUCGGUUAGCAGAGAAUUUGGAAAAUUAUAUAACCAAUGUUCAUCAAAAGAAUCAUGUAACAGGAAUUCCAACGACAGGGGUAUCUGUCAUUUUAAUUGACCGAACACUGGACCUCUGUACACCUACAAGUAAUAAUACUCGAUCUUUUCUUACAAAAAUAUUACGAACAUUUCCUCGUUUGCCGCAUCACAGUAACGACGUAGCAAUAGAUAUGUCGCCGGUAAUUGGAACUAUAACGGGAAUUCUACAAGCGUACGAAACACCAGGAUGUUUAGCGAGUAUGGAAGAGGCAACUAUGAAUCUACUUAUUUCGCAAACGGAAAAAGAACUAUUAGUUAUUGCUAAUCAAUCUCUAAAUGAUAUGUCUUCGACGAAAGAUAGUCCAAAAUUGAAAACACCGGCAAGAAUUUCUGGUCAUAGUUUAGAAAAGGUUCUUAAUAAGAUCCAAACUAUAAAAAGCAUUGAUUCUAUAAUGACACACGCAGAGCAACUUCAGUGUAUUUUGGCGGUAAUCGAAACGUUAACGUCGCAAAAGGCGGGUCAGCUUGAACUGCUUACCAGUCUGGAAAAGUUAGCGUUGCAAAAUCUUUCCGCAAGCCGAGAAUCAUCGAGUAUACUUGUACAAUUGAGUAACAUCGUGCGAACACGAAUUCAAAGAGGACUCGAUAUCGAAAAUCUGCUAGCAUUGUUGACGCAUAUUUACGCUCUUGCGGGCACGCAAAUUCGAUUUUCCAUGCAGCAAGAACGUCAAUUGGAAGAGUCGAUCGCGGAUGCGAUUUUUGAAGAUUUUCAAAUUUUAAAAGAAAAUCCAUUACUAACCAGCAAAAAAUCAACGUAUCAACUUACUUUAUCGCUGCUGGAAGCGCAUGAUAUUAGUGUGGCGCGAGAGACAUCGUACAGAAUAGCAGCACGUAUCAUUGAUACUCUUCGAUCUGUAGCGGAACAACGUUCGACGUUACAAGAUUACAAAUUUUGUACGUUAAAGCCAAAUUCACGAGAGACGAUUCGACGCGUUAGCGUUUUAGAACAGAUAGUCAAGGAUAUAUUUUGUUCGGAUACCAGUCGAGAAUUGCGAGAUCUUCAUCAGAGACCGUAUUCGUUUAUUUCAGCUGGUUUUAAUUCAAUUUUGCGAGGUAAAACAAAGCAUCGUCCUUGCGAUAAUCCCUACGUUGUAAUAUAUAUCGUCGGGGGAUUUACAGUGGAAGAAGCAAAGAUAAUUCAAGAAAUUGUAUCGGUUCACGGUAUUAAAAAACCAUCGUCUGUGAUAUUAGCAGGUUCCAGGUUGCUAAAUCCUCUAGACAUAGUGAACAAAAUAUUCUUCCAUUGAUUAUUUUUUAAUAAAUUUGUAAGUUUACAAACGUAAUACAAGUUUCUAUUCAUUUA